AACAGCUAGCGCGGUCUCGAUCACAGGGCGGUUACUCUGCAGGCCGCGCAGCUGAUAACCAAAACCAAAACACAAUUGCUUGCCAGCGCCACUAGACACAGUCAUGGCCUCGAUUUUCGUUCCAGAACCUUCACUCCUGCCUAAUUCCACAGCUUCCGUUUCUUCUCCGGCUAAUCGGCUGUCGUGCCUGCUGCUAUGCCGUCCAGACCGACGCCUCUUCUCAAUCUCCGUCACCACGUGUCGCUCUUUGGGGCUCCGGAGGUCCUUCAAUGUCGCCGCCAGCGCCGCCUUGACGUCUAAUUCCGUACCGGAAAAGAAUGGAAUUCAUGUAGUUGGCGAUUUCAUGACGCCUAGAAAGGAUUUGCGUGUGGUUAGGCCCACAACUACUGUAGAUGAAGCUAUAGAACUUCUUGUAGAAAACAGAAUCACUGGUUUUCCAGUGAUCGACGACGACUGGAAAUUGGUCGGUCUUGUUUCAGAUUAUGACUUAUUAGCAUUGGACACCAUAUCAGGUAAUUUAAUAUGUAAAAUUAUAUCUUAGAUUAUUUUAUUUUUUUUGGUUUAUCAAAUUUUGCUUUUUCAUUCAAGUUAUCUCUAAUAGAUUUCAUGGUGUUUUCUCUCAUUUUCAUCUUCAUUUGAUUUAUGAUCAUAUCUAUGUAUCAUUUACUUGAUAGCUAGGCCACCACUUGAAGAAGGGUGAUCUGAAUCUUGUAAGAUCAGUUUGUUUGACAUGCAUUAUUUUGGCUGAUAUGCAUGAUGGUAUAUAUUAUUUUAUUUUUUGUAAACAUUUGACGUUAUUUUACAUCCAAUUAAAGUAGAUGAGGACGUUGAGGUGGAUGAGGAUAUUCUUUCUGAGGUAGGGGGUAGCUUCGAUUGAUAAUAAAAUGAGGGAAUUUAUGAUUUUCUGGUCAUAUACAGUAUGAAGAUACAAAUGUACUCUGUGAAAGAAUAAGGCGAUUCAAAGAGGAGAAUUGAACAGUAAUGGAUACCAAGAAUGGCAUUGGUGGAAUUGAUUAGGAAGGAUAUGUCCACAAGAGAUUUAGUGAAGGAUAUAGCUCUAUAUAGGAUUAAUAUUAAAUGGAAUUUGAAAAUUCCUGUGUGAAACCUGGUAAGUAUGUGAUUGGAAUCCAUGUAACGUAACCCAAAUAUUUGGGGUUACAGCUAAGCUUAACAUAAAGAAACAUUAGCGCAAAUCAUGGUGUACUCACUUUGGCUAGCAGAGUAUUUAGUUUUAUCAUUGAGAAAAAAGAGGUGUCAAAGUGUCGGGCAAGGAUGUCAUAGUAAUUCACAUCCCUUGCAAAAAGGUCAAAAUGUUAUUGUUUCCCUAUCAUUUGUUUUUAAGAAGAAAAAAAAAGGAUAAACUACAUAAAAUGGGCUGUGUAGUUUGAGGAGUUUUAUAAGUAUGAUUGUCUGGAAUAGUUGAAUAUCUUUCACAUCCUGUUUGGAACCUCUGCAGAAUAAGGAAUUCACUACUUCAGUUCAGUUGCAACUGAGUUAUAUAGGUAUGCCCUUUGAAUUCGAAUUUUUUUGGUGGGGAAAUAUUCGGAUUUCCAUACAGGUUCCAGUCUGACCAAAGUAGAUUGGAUUUUCUUAUGGUUCCAUUCAUCUGUUGUGACACUUUUUCUCAUUCUAACGAGAUCCCUGCAUCCCCUUCUAGUUUCUCCACUGCUGCCCUCCCAGUUUUUUCA